AUGGCUUCUUAUUCAUCUCUCCUAGUUCUCUCCGUUUGCACCGUCGGCGCACUCGCUGUCAUGGAACACAACUCCUAUUACCCGGGAGGACACUCUACCAGCUACUACCAACCGUACCAAACCCACACCUACGGAUCAAAGUACUACAACACGGAAUCAUACGGAAAGUACGAUGAGCAUGGAAACAAUGGAAAAGACUCUCACUACGAGCCAACCUACUACAAUCCAAUUGCUUCUUAUUAUCACUCGUACAUGCCGAAGUACCAUGGAGGACAUCAAGACUACUACACCAAGUACAACCAAUACACACCAUACUACGGUGGAUCCCAUCAACAAAACUAUUAUGAGCAGCCGAAGCACGAUGAUUACCACGACGGAGACCACCACUUCGGUAUGCACAAGUAA